CUGCCAAAAGCCCGCGUAAAGGCUAUAUUCCAACGUUCAACUCAUCAAACAUACAAUGUAACGAUGUUUCUACUAUUCUUCAUGUCGUUGUACGGAUUUCUGGGUGUCCAGUUCUUCGGCGAUAAUCUGAACUAUCACUGUGUGGUCAAAACUGCCAAUGAAAGUAAUAUCACGAAGCGUGACCUCGCUAUUCCUGAUGCCUACUGUGAUCCAACGGGGGAUCGUAAGGAUGCCGAUAAACAGUGCCCUCGAGAUAUGAAAUGCGUCCGUAUCGUGACGUCAAUUGAAGAUGAUGGAGGGUACGCUGGAUUCGAAAGUUUCCACAUCAGCAUCUUUACUGUGUACCAGGCGGCUUCACAAGAAGGUUGGGUGUUCAUCAUGUAUCGUGCGAUGGAUUGUCUAGCCCCGUGGAAAGGAGUGAUUUAUUUUCUGUCAAUGAUUUUCUUCGUUGCGUGGUUAGUGAAGAUUGUGCUCAAGUCCACGGGUUUCAACGUGGUGAUCAUGGUCUUGGUGUUGGCCAAUGCAAUCACAGCGGCCGCCCUACAUUUCAACCAUAACACGAUACGUGAUCCGUCAGCCAGCCAUCUAAGUCAGCUGGAUGGCUUCUACUACGCCGAGAUAUUCGGGCCGGCCAAAAAAUUAGGCAGCCUAAUUCUAUUCACCACCUGUUUCCUCGUGAUUACAUCGACGUUCAGUCUGCAGCUGUUUUCUUCUUUCCAAGCCAUGGAUAGUAGCUUUGAUCGCUUUUCAACUUUUCCCAAGAUCGUUCUAAGUUUGUUUGUUGCCGUGAUUUUGGACAACUUGGAGUUGGAUGAAGAUAUCAAGAAGCUGAAACAGAUGAUUCAGCUCACACGGCUUGUAUCAGACUUCCUGAUGCCUAAAAUAAGAGAUAGUUUCAUGCGGCAGUUUGCUGCCGUUUCGGCUCUUGAAGAAGUGGAGGAUGAGACAAUUGAGGAAAUGCUAUCGAGUAUGACCAGACAAACGCAGCCCACAGAACCUCGUCGUAGUGUUGCAAGCCGUAUCAAGGGAUUCUUUGAACCGGCUCCAAGCAGUGCGCAGUUGGAGACCAUUCGGGCAAUCAAGCGGAAAGUUCAUGGAUUGCAUGGCCAAGAAAAAGUUCGCGCCAUCAUCUACUUAUUGAAAAGCAUGCGCCAUCGCACUGGUAAUGCCCUUGGUGCAUCCAAGUCUUAUCGUGCCAACGGAGAAAUUCGCACAACUGCAGGCCGAGCGGACACUCGGGAACACGAGUCACGAACAAAGUCUGGGGAUGGCUCAAGCCGCGUGGACAUCAAGCUACUCCAGCAAAAAGCACAAAUGGCUGAAAUCAAACGUUACAUGAUGCGAGUUGAAACCAUUGGGCCGGAGUCUGGCGAACACAUUUUGAUGGUUCUUCGUUGUCUCCGACCUUUGCGGAUUUUCUGUUUGGUCCCACAAAUGCGACGCGUGGUAUACGAAUUAGUCCGCGGCUUCCGUGAGAUUCUUAUGGAAAAAUGUGUCGGUCGUUUCCAUCGAGAAAUUUCCGUUACCAAGCUCAAAAGUAUCAAAGGUCCGGGCCCUCGACUGCUGGUUCCUCGCGUAUGGGCCAAUCCGCGUAAUUUCAACUUUGACAACAUCGGCAAUGCGAUGUUAGCUCUGUUUGAAGUACUCUCCCUCGAAGGUUGGGUUGAAAUUCGAGAUGUCAUCAACGAACGCAUCGGCCCAGAAAAAUGUGUCGGUCGUUUCCAUCGAGAAAUUUCCGUUACCAAGCUCAAAAGUAUCAAAGGUCCGGGCCCUCGACUGCUGGUUCCUCGCGUAUGGGCCAAUCCGCGUAAUUUCAACUUUGACAACAUCGGCAAUGCGAUGUUAGCUCUGUUUGAAGUACUCUCCCUCGAAGGUUGGGUUGAAAUUCGAGAUGUCAUCAACGAACGCAUCGGCCCACUUGAUACGCUGGAUGCAUUCCCUGCGGAAAGCACCUUCUGUUUCACCAAAAACAUGUCUCCUGAUCACCUCAUGGUAUAUUCUCUGGUCCCAACUUUCGAGACACCGGUGGUCAAAGACCUGGAGAGUACUCAAGCGGUCACUUUUACUUUGCAAUAUAUGAUGCUGUUCUCCUUAUUUCGUCUAGAAUUACGCCAGGAGCCCGGACAGGACGGUUACUCCGCUAACCCGAUGACCAACAAUCUCGAGAAGAAAAGUGUAAAAUUUCGCUGCCUAAUUUAUGACAUCACGCAACAUAUCGCCUUCAAACGUGCCUCGGCUAUUCUAGUGGUGGCUAACUGUGGGCUACUGUUUUUCCCAGUUACCCUGAAGAUGCUCAUGUUGACAGUCAUUAUGUCGAUGUACAAAUCGCUAUUUAUCAUCACUAGCAUGUUUCUUCUGAUGAUUGUCUAUGCGCUGGCUGGGGUGACACUUUUUGGCUCUGUCAAAUACGGAGACAAUUUAGGAAGGCACGCAAACUUCCACAAUGCAUUCCGCGCCACCGCCCUGCUUACGCGAAUUGUCACAGGCGAGGAUUGGAACAAAAUCAUGCACGACUGUAUGAUCCAACCACCGUUUUGCCGAAUGCGUCCCAACUUCUGGGAGACAGACUGUGGGAAUUUCCGGGCUGCGCUUAUCUACUUUUGUUCGUUCUAUGUGAUCAUCACAUACGUCAUGUUGAACGUACUAGUUGCCAUUAUCAUGGAAAACUUCUCACUGUUCUAUUCGAACGAUGAGGAUGCCAUCAUGAGCUAUAAUGACAUUCGUAAUUUCCAGCUGGCCUGGAAUGUCAUUGACGUGAAUCGAAAGGGUGUGAUCAAAGCUUCCUACGUACGAUUCCUCUUGCGGCUAAUCCCUCGGGAGCGCGUGGGGUUUGACUUGUCCAAGAAAAAAGAUCAGCAGCUCUUCAAGGAAAUGUGUUACGAAGUCGAGACGCUCCGAGGUGGACGAGAAAAAGAUGUCAGCUUCCAUGAUGUGCUCAUGGUCCUUGCCUAUCGGACCGUGGAUAUCACAAAAACGUUGCAGCUGGAAGAACUAAUCGCUCGGGAAGAGUUGGAGUAUGCCAUUGAAGAAGAAGUUGCACGCCAGACGAUUGCGGCCUGGAUCGAGCGAUGUAUUUUCCGAAACCGGCAGAAACAUGGACACCUUAACUUCAAAAUGCAUCAAGCCGCAGACCGCCAAAUGAGCUUGAGCGUGGAUGAGACUGAUGGUACCGAUGGCGUUUCGCAACGUGUCCAACAAAUGACCCCGACAGGGAAAAAGGCGUCCGUGAUAUCCAAUACACUGAAAGCCCGUCGAGAAAGCAGCCGUGCCAUGGAGCAACCCUUUGGAGCCAGCAACGAACGUGCCCACAUGAUAAAUGCCCCUAUGCUAACUCCGACUGCAAACUUGCAACAUUCGGGAAGGCGGCUACGGAAAUCUGUAAGCACCAACAAGGACGAAUGUUUGGCCUUGUUAGAGGCAGAGGAGGGUGAACUUGAUAUGGAGCCCCUGGGAGAAUAUGCUAUUCCUCCACAGCCCCUGGCAACACCUCAGGUCACUACAGAAAAACAACCCAAUAGUCACUUCAAAGCCUCAGCACUUAUCCCAAACUCCUUAGCUGGCGGACGCUCGGCCAAAAUCAACACUUUGGGGAAACCAGGCAGACAUACUCUGGUUCCCACGUUUGUUGAUACGUGCGAAAAUAAAGGUGCUUUGGCAAGAGUGGAUCAGGCUGAUGACAAGGCUUUAGCCAGCUCCAACAAAUCGACAACUGAAAACUACAUCACCGAACAACAUUACACGAAUUUGAGUGAUGAGGAUACCAUGAUCAGUGAUGGACGUCGGUCUAAAACUAACUCAGAUAAAAAGGUACAAAUCACUAAAUCUCGCCGCAGUGUUCCCGGCUAUUCUAGGGUUGCACACCUUCCUGAUGUUGUGGAAGACAGCAACGAACCGAGUGAGUUACAACUGGUUUACACUUGUUCCAACGUUAAAGCGGAAAACGAAGUUGUAAACUUGACAGAAGACUGGGAAACUUUAUCACCUUCGGCGACCACAUUUGAUACUGCCUCAUCCAGGUCACAGACUGAAGAGCGCAAGCGUCAAAAAGUGAGCAUUGACGAAGGUGCGAAAUCGCAAUUGGGUGCCAAUGUCGCCAGCGCGCGUGCUGAUCUAACUGUGAUGGUACCAAGCAAACCAUGGGGGGAUUCUUCGACCGCGGAAAACCAGUCUCCUGUAAAAUUCUGUGAGGAUGUCAAGAACUGGUGGCGAAACCAGUUACAUUCCGGUCCACUCAAAUUACCGUCUGCAGCCCCUUCCUCAUAUGCAGCUGACUCGGUUUCUGGGAAGGACGAUGCUCUUCAGAGUUUGACCACAGCCUACACGAGACAGAAGCCGACCAUCUCGAGGAUUACGUCAAACCUGCCCGGAAAACGACGUUCUGGUGCAGCUUUGGCCAUCAUGCGACGCAAUCAGACCAUACGAAGCAGCAAUUUGAUCGGUACUAGCAUUGAUGAGGAUGUCGACGGAGAUAAUUACUUCGCCGAGUCUGAACAGGAUGAACUAAAACAAAGUAAAACCACCAUGGCAUUGUGAUCAUCUUGAAACGCCAGUAUGUUGUACUUUUCCAUCACAUUAGAAUACCAUGACUUAUGCUUUCUACUCCUUCUGAAUAGGAUGUAAGUGAGCAAUUUACCUGACAUAUUCUCCAGAAACCUCUCUUCCG